CCCUAGCUAUCAGGCUCUUUCCCGCUCUACUCCGUCGCGGUCGUCUUUGCGGGCGCCGCAUUCUGUGAUGCGGCGUAGGCAGCCUUCAGACAUGCCCGCAUCUCCUUCCCUGACACAACUCGACACAGACAUCAACACACACGAUACAUGUCGGCGUCAGGGGUGUUACCAAUGCACUUACCGAUCGCUCUGCAGAUCUCCUCAGCACGGCCCAGGAGCUGCACACAGGCAGUGACAAAGAACAAUGAUGGAUGCCGGCAGUGUCGGACGGCCCACCGCACCUGUUCUGCGCAUGUGGGGUUGAGCAGGCUGCCGGUGCCGUGCAGAAAGCAGAUGGACGAGCCCGAGGUGGCGAUGCCCACGUGCAUCUCGGUGCACUGACCGCUGCUCAGCCAACAAGCCUCCUCCUGACACACCGGGACCGAUCAGACAGCUGUAUGGGUGUUUAUAUGGAUCGUGGUGCUGACGCACUCACUGCGGCAGUGAGGUCCGACAGGUACACGACGUUCUGCGAGGUGUCACUGGGGACUUCCAUGCAGUACUGGACACAUACACAACAUACACACAUACUCCCAGGUCCCGCUGUCGCUCUUUAUGGAGUUUCACUCACCAGCGAUGUGGCUGUGACGAUGUCAGUCAUCUCAAGGCCUGGGGUAGCCACACACACACAUAAAAUGUGCGUGUGCGUGUGUCUUGCGCACCGACCAGCAUGUGCCGCUGCAAGCGAUAUGGCGUUGAAGCACGCACUCAGCACACCUGAUUGACCAUCAGACAUAUGCCUUGGGUGGAGAGAGGGCGGAGCAUGCGAAUGUGUGUGUACCUCCGUCGUCUUCGAGUACGAUGCAUGUGAUGUCGAUGACGCUCUUGGCGUACCGUUCCACCAGAAUGAUCGACUCAAACGCCUCACUCAACAUGCCCACCAGAUACCUCUCGCGCUCAGCCUGCCAGCCAGCCAGGCCGCCACACACCGUGUGUAUACCAUCCCAGUGUGUGACCGACUGACCAUGGAUGUGCGUGACGGCACGGCGAAGGGGGCGAACUUGAGGUCAAUGUUGACGGCCCCGCUGCUGGACGUCCUCGCCUGACGCAUCGACUGGCGAGGGCCAUACCUGUGUGACACACACACAUGCACACACAAACGAAGAGAUGCAUGGAGAGGGAGUGACGCUAUCUCCUUAGCGAAUGAGUCAAUGAAUGGCGUUGCAUCCUUACACAGCUGAGAGGGCUUUGGUCUUGCCGAUCUGGAAGAAAGCUGACCCGACGGCACUCGAUAUCGGCCCUGUCUGCAUCUCUGCAUCAAGCACACAGCAUCAGCAAACAGAUGGACACCCCGCGAUGGCUCAUUCCCUGCCUCUUACCGAUAUCUCUGACGUCUUCAUUGGUCCGUCCAUCGCUUCUCUCCGCUGCACCAAAUGACACAGUCGGUGCAGGCGGAACGUCUGGAGGCAGCGGGCGAUAGGUUGCGGCGUCCAUUUUGCGUUGGGAGUUCG